GAAGUCUGGGCUUGAACUCAGAUAAGCGGAAGAAGAUGGCUGGAUAUUAAGAUGAACAUGGAUUACAGACGUUACCUGGAGUUUUUUUGUUCCGACAAUGGAUGGGCAUGGCUGAAGAAAAGUGCGUAUCUAUGGAGGACUAAAGGUGUGUAUGUCUGCAUAUUUCACUCAAUCAAUCAAUGUUUAUUUAUAUAGCCCUAAAUCACAAGUGUCUCAAAGGGCUGCACAAGCCACAACCACAUCCUGGGUUCAAAUCCCACAUGAGGGCAAGGAAAAACUCACAACCCAGUGGGAUGACAAUGAGAAUCCUUGGAGAGGACCACCGCAGAUGUGGACAAUGAAGCAUUAAAAAAAAAAGAGGGCGGCAAUAAAAGGACAAAGGCGAGGCUGUGAGGACGCCAUAAACGCUCGCUGGUGUUCAGGUUUGAUCACACGCUCGCCCUCGCACCGCCGGGAACGUCUCAGGUCUUCAGGAAGACGACAAUGAAGUCCUGCUGUCUGCUCGUGUUGCUCAUCUGUGGCGCUCAAGCGCAAAGUGUCGCCAUCGAGGCCACGCCAGGUGCCGACUUGCACGGAACCAUCCACACCGAGCUGGACCAGACCGUGUCCCUGCUGUGUCGCGCCCUGGAGGAGGGGGCGGAGCUUGUGUGGCGCAGGAACGGCGCCGUGGUCCGCCUGACGCCGGAGAACCAGCGGGGCAACAGCAGCGUGUGCGUCAUGCCCGUCUUGCACCAGGACAACGGCGCCACCUUCAGCUGCCACCUGGGGGAGAACACCACCGUCCAGGACGCCGUCACUUUAAAUGUCACAUUUCCUCCCGUGCUGUCGGGAUCAGAGGAGAUGUCCGUGGAGGAAAAGUCGCCUCUCGUCCUAAACUGCGAUACCUUGGCCAACCCGCCCGUAUCGUCCCCGCUGUGGACCCUCAACGGCAGCGCAGUGGACCUCCUGGCGGGCGGCUUCUCGGUGACCAACGACGGCUCGAGCAGCCGACUGAGCUGCGGCGCCGUGGACAGAGUCCUGCAUGAAGGCCGGUACCAGUGCACGGUGGACUCUCCUCUCCACGGAACCAGGACCAGGGUCUUCCGGGUCACGGUCACAGACAAGACCACCAAGUUCCCUCUGAUGCCCAUCAUUGCAGGUGUGGUGGUGGUCUUCCUCACGGGGGUCUUUGCCAUCUUCUCUCGCUGGGACAGAAUCACAAAGUGCUGCAAGUGAACAAUCGCCAUGAAGAUUCCUGCAGGAGCAACAGACUGUGAUUAUUACUCCCCUUUAUUAGAGUGUCUAAUUUUAUACCCCAAUUAUUUAUACAAACUUACUAACAGGAAGUAAAUGUUGACAUGUCGCAUUUUACCAAUAAAGUCCUCCUUCUAAAAA